CUACAUCUGACAAAGACAACCUACGACUUGAUACGACAAAACAGUUUUGCUUUGCUAUUUACGACAUUUGCAUGAGUUUUUCAUGUUCAAGUAUACCUAUUAAAUGACCUACUUUUGUGAAACAAACUUUUAAAUAAUUGAAAAUGGGUAGUGUUAGUGAAUUAUCGCAGUCAAAUGAAUAUCUUAGUUUCAGAAGUAGUAUUCCUUUGAGAAAAAUAGUGGUUGAUGAAGACGGAUCCAAGGCAUGGAGGGUAUUCGACAGUGGUCCAAAGUCUGUAAGCUGCCCGUUAAUAUGUCUGCCACCUGUGUCGGGCACAGCUGACAUAUUUUUCCAGCAAGUCUUGGGGCUGGCUUCACGAGGUGUCAGAGUAAUAGCCGCUGAGCCUCCACCAUACUGGAAUAUGAAAGAAUGGUGUGAUGGCUUCAAGAGACUAAUUGAUUAUCUGGAACUUGACAAAGUGCAUGUCUUUGGAGCUUCCUUAGGUGGCUUCAUAGCUCAAAAGUUUGCAGAAUUAACAAGCAAUUGCCCAAGAGUUGCAUCUCUAAUUCUAUGCAAUACUUUCACGGACACAUCUGUGUUUGAAUAUCACGACUCUGCAGCUCUCUUUUGGCUUUUACCAUCACUAGUACUUAAAAGGAUGCUGAUGGGGAACUUCACAAAUGAUAAAGUUGACAAAAGAGUGGCUGAAUCCAUUGACUUUAUGGUUGAAAGACUGGAAUCCUUGAACCAGGCAGAAUUGGCAUCAAGACUGACUUUGAACUGCACACCUUGUUAUAUACAACCUCAAAGCUUGGUUCACUUACCAAUCACAGUUAUGGAUGUCUGGGAUGAGAGUGCCUUAAGUUCCAGAGUGCGAGAAGACCUGUAUAAGUCAUACCCACAUGCAAAACUAGCACAUUUGAAGAGUGGUGGCAACUUCCCAUACCUGAGCAGAAGUGAUGAAGUUAAUUUGCAUUUACUAAUUCAUUUACGUCAAUUCGAUGGUACAGAUCUAUCGGCAUCAUAUCUAAGCCUUCACAAAAUGCCUCCGCAAUCUACAAUAAGUCAACCAGAAGAAGGAACCGUUAGCUACUUUAAUCAAAGGGAAAAAUACGUAAAAAUAUCUUAGAAAUUGAUAAUUGUAUAACAUUUCCUAUAACCGUAAGAAUAUUUUUGUAUAACAGGUUUUGAUACUUUUAUUAGGAAUACCAUUACGACGUGGAAACAGAAACGACACUCAGUUAGAAUCGCCUUUAAGUGUCAUGCUGUCACUGUACUAUAUUUUGUCGAUUCUGAACUAGGUUGUAAGGCCUUAUAUAGUUAUAUGUUUCCAAAAGUAUCAUAAUAUGUAAAGACUUUUAUAUCCAUUUAGCAGCGGCUAAAAAAACCUACAAAAACGUAAGUAAAUACUGUAUUUAGGAUUUUAAUAGAAUGUUCACUUAUAUUAAGUCGGCAAACUAUUCGAUUAUGAGUUUUAAAGAAAUUGUCAGCGAAAA